AUGUCCGAGGUCCGACGCAAAAAAGGCCCGAUCUAUGACGUUCUCAUUGAAGAGCUAUUUGAGAUAAAUUGCUUGUACAUGGCCGCUAUGUUUUCAAAACUAGUAGCGCAAGAAAUUCGUCUAAUGAAUGGACUUAUUAUCAAUUAUACUUUAAAAGAGAAACCCAAUUUACUUCUUGGUUUGUUCGAUAAGUUUAAAGCCGCCGAAUUGGCUUACAUACAAAAAAAAGAUCAAUCAAUAAUAUUCGCACAGUCAUGCGAAGCUCUUGUGCUAUUGGAGAAAAGUGUUCGCCGAUAUCGUUGGUUACUAGUUGAAAUUUAUAAGAUCGUAUUAAAUUUAUGCGAGAAAGUCCCUUCGACAUCGUACAAGACCAACUAUGAAAAAUGUCGCAUUUUCUAUAACUACGGUAUGUACGUACUUACUUACGAGUACGAUUUGAUGAAAGCUAUUCACCACCUGAACAGAGCAAUGGAAAUGUCGCUAAAUGAACCUUGGCACGUUGACGAUGGCUAUGAAACACUGCCGAUGAAAGAGAAAAUAUGCAAAACUUUAUCCUCGAAGCUGGCUAACGAGGGUUAUGAGCUCAUAGCGACGAAUCCAAGUGAUGCCCAAAAAAUAAUCCGUUCCGUUAUAAGCUGCAUAGCGCUAGUGGGCAUAGAAGAGCACCUUGGACUCUUUGUUCAGGGUCUUGCUAUGCUAAUUGAAUGCCUAAUGGCGGAUAAUAAGUAUGAGGAUGCUUGGGAGCAAUUGGAAUUUUUAUCUACUUAUGUUAAUCCUAAUGAAGAUCGUCAGUCGCAAAAAAAUUUAUGCAUUUACAAAUAUUUAAAAGGCAUACUUUUAAUGCAUUAUCAAAAGUUGAAAGAAGCCGUUGAAGAGUUGACGCAGGCUGAAAAGAUAUCGGUGAGACAAUCUUUUAAAACUUUGCAGGCACACACUUUAACUCAGCUUGGGAACGUCUUCUCUAAAAUGACAUGUUCGUACGAAGCGCAGAGAUUAUAUCAUCGGAAAGCCCAGAAAGUGUAUAAAGAAAUAAAUGAGCCACUUCGGGCGAAAGGCGCGUUUUAUAAAUGCAUUGAGGCGAAAAUGAAUGAAAUUUUCCCAACAAUAAAACAUACAAUAAAGCAAAGCGCCACUGUAGAUGUCCAAAUGCAUCGUUUAAGGCAUUGGAAACUCGGCUGCGUGCACUUCUGGGAGGAUAUUCCGAGAAUGGUGAAACAGGAUAACGGGGACAAAUUAUUAUUUUUAUUAGAAGAGAUUUAA